GGCCUCCGCGUCACCCGGGCCCGCGGUGGCCACAACAUGGCUGCGGCGCCGGGGCUGCUCUUCUGGCUGUUCGUGCUGGGGGCGCUCUGGUGGGUCCCGGGCCAGUCGGAUCUCAGCCACGGACGGCGUUUCUCGGACCUCAAAGUGUGCGGGGACGAAGAGUGCAGCAUGUUAAUGUACCGUGGGAAAGCUCUUGAAGACUUCACGGGCCCUGAUUGUCGUUUUGUGAAUUUUAAAAAAGGUGACGAUGUAUAUGUCUACUACAAACUGGCAGGGGGAUCCCUUGAACUUUGGGCUGGAAGUGUUGAACACAGUUUUGGAUAUUUUCCAAAAGAUUUGAUCAAGGUACUUCAUAAAUACACGGAAGAAGAGCUACAUAUUCCAGCAGAUGAGACAGACUUUGUCUGCUUUGAAGGAGGAAGAGAUGAUUUUAAUAGUUAUAAUGUAGAAGAGCUUUUAGGAUCUUUGGAACUGGAGGACUCUGUACCUGAAGAGUCGAAGAAAGCUGAAGAAGUUUCUCAGCACAGAGAGAAAUCUCCUGAGGAGUCUCGGGGGCGUGAACUUGACCCUGUGCCUGAGCCCGAGGCAUUCAGAGCUGAUUCAGAGGAUGGAGAAGGUGCUUUCUCAGAGAGCACCGAGGGGCUGCAGGGACAGCCCUCAGCUCAGGAGAGCCACCCUCACACCAGCGGUCCUGCGGCUAACGCUCAGGGAGUGCAGUCUUCGUUGGACACUUUUGAAGAAAUUCUGCACGAUAAAUUGAAAGUGCCGGGAAGCGAAAGCAGAACUGGCAAUAGUUCUCCUGCCUCGGUGGAGCGGGAGAAGACAGAUGCUUACAAAGUCCUGAAAACAGAAAUGAGUCUUGACCUGAAAACCAAGUUUGGCUCAACUGCCGACGCCCUUGUGUCUGACGACGAGGCAACCAGACUGGUCACUUCAUUAGAAGACGGCUUCGAUGAAGCGCUGGAUGCUGAGUAUUACCCGAUGGAGGAGGAGGAGGAGGUAGAGGAGGAUGCAGACAGCUCUGAUGAGCUACCAUUACUAACCUUCUCAGACAAAGAUGAGAAAGUCCCCGGGAAGCCCAUGAUAGAGAAAUAUUUAACAGAUAAGGAUCCGAAUUUGAGUGAAGAGGAUAAAGUUGAACCCCCUACCUGGGGGGAUGCUUUUUUUUCUAUUGUCACAGGAGGUGAAGGGAAACCAGGUGUGGUGGAUUUAGAAAGAUCUAUCGAGGAGGAGGAAGAUGUGUCAGUUUCAUCUAGCCAUCAGAGGAAGCCACAGCCAGCAGCUGGCUAUACAGACAGUGAGGAUGAAGGUGACGAUCUUUUUGUAGAAGAGCCCAAAACAAAUGAUGUAAAGGACUCAGAAACAGACCCAGAACUUGUCAUUACAGGAGAAGAAAAGGACAUCCAGGAAUCCAGGAAAGGCCUGGUACAGCCUGAGUCACAAUCAGAGGAUGCCAAGUCAGAAACGGCGAGCGCUUAUCGUCUUCAGGGUAGCAAGCUCAACCCUCUGUCAGCUGCUGAAAAGGGCAGAGACUUUACACUAAAAGCCGUCUUUGAAAAAAAAGAAAAUGGCCUAAAAGAAUCAGUUAUCCAUAUCUCAAAGGAAACACUACAUGAAGACAAGACCAGAGAGAUCCAGAGAGACAGCUUGGAGAGUGAAUUGGUACACAGAGCUUUAGGGAGUUCAGUGACAGAAAAUAACAAGCCCAAAUCCUUGGGUGUUGCACCACUCUUGGGAAAUAACAAGCCCGAUGCAUCCAAAGACAGUACAGAGGUCCCAGACGGUUCCGUCAGUGGACCAAAAGCAGGCCAGCAGGAGGGAUUUCUAGAACCAGGUCUUAAAACUCAGCACCAACCUAGAUUCUCCCCUCCAGAGGAAACUGGUCCCUCAAGAGAACUGGGGGGAAAAGUUCCUAUUUCGGGAAGAAAUCUUUCUUGGCAGCAAGAGCAAGACGUAGCUGCUGUAGUCGGUAAGCAUGCGAAUGAGAAGACAGGGUUUCCGGAGGAAGAGAGCAGGGAAGACGGGACAGAUGCGGAGCAAGCCAGGGCCAUACGAAGGCCACAGGAGGCUGAGAGCCCGGAAGUGCUGAGUGUCCAACCUGGAAGGCCAGACGAGGAGGAGGAGGAGGAAGAGGGCGACAACUAUCCCCCCGAGGGGCUGAUGGAGGAUGAAAAUGCUGUGAGCGCACAGCAGUCUAGAGAAAAUUCCCCCAGCGCUCGCGACGGGAGGUCAGAUAUGAAUUCUCAAGUUUUUGAAAAAGUAAUUUUGGGGACCCUUAAUCUUAACACUGAAAAAACCAAACAACCAGCUAAUAUGAUUUUGGAGACUGGACAAGAGAGUGAAACCACAUCCGAAGAGGCAGGUGACGUGGGCAAGGAGUCAGGUCACAGUGUGGUGGUGGACAGUGAAGAAAGCCAUCUGGCAGAUAUGAGAGCCCAGAGACCCUCUCAAGUCCACGGCCUUCGUGACGAGACAGCAGCUCAGACUCCCGGCUCCGGGGAAGCUGUUCUGAGUAAAAAUCCUAAUGACCUACAAAAAGACAACCCAGAGGAAGAACUGGUCAACACCUUGGGACUUGAAGACCCUGGCGUAGGAGAAAUCUCAGAAGGGGAGCCGGAAGAUACCAAGGAGUUUGGAGUCUCAGAAAGCCAGGGGACUGAUGCUGAAGACCUUAGGGAUGACCCAUCCCGGCAAGCUACACCGGAAAUUCCUGACAUAGUGCUCAAGAGUAUAAGGGAAGACUUGCCUAUCAUAAACAGCUUCUUCAAGGACGACCAACAGUCCCUGCAUCGUUUCCUGAAGUACUUCGAUGUUCGUGAGCUGGAGGGCUUGCUUGAAGACAUGUCGAUAAGGCUGAGAUCAGCGCACCAGAACAGCCUGCCGUACAACAUGGAGAAAGUCCUAGAUAAAGUCUUCCGUGCCUCUGAGUCACGAAUUCUAAGUAUGGCGGAGAAAAUGCUUGAUACGGGAGUGGCCAAAAAUAGGGACCUGGGCUCCAAAGAGAGCAGUCCGUUGGAAGAAGCCGAGGUGUUGGAUGACAUACAAGACCUGAUCUAUUUUGUCAGGUACCAAUACUCUGGAGUGGAGACUGCCCCAUUAGUCACACCUCCACCUCCGGAGGAAGGCUGGGCCAGACCAGGAGAAGAGAGACAGCCACCCCAGCAAGACAGCUUACCACAAGAAAACACAGGAGACCUCAGUGUGCAGCCUCCAGAAGAGCCUGAGCUCUCGGAUCAACCUGUGACCAGUGUGCAGCCUCCAGAAGAGCCUGAGCUCUCGGAUCAACCUGUGACCAGUGUGCAGCCUCCAGAAGAGCCUGAGCUCUCGGAUCAACCUGUGACCAGUGUGCAGCCUCCAGAAGAGCCUGAGCUCUCGGAUCAACCUGUGACUGGGUACACAAGUACCUCAGAGGUAUCACAGAAGCCAGAUACCAAGAAAGACAUAGAUCUAGGUCCUGUAAUGGAAGGUGGUCCUGUUGGGGCUGGAGAUGUACAAAAGCAACUAGAGACAAUUGCAGAGGAGCCAGCAGCUGUCCCACCUCUGGAAAGUGCAUUUGGUUCCCUCUAUGCCUUCAUCCUUUAUUUAAGUAAGAUGCUCCUUGCCACGUUGCCUGACAAUGUUCAGCCUGGCCCUGACUUUUACGGACUGCCCUGGCAACCUGUGAUCAUUACUGCAGUCUUGGGAAUUGUUUCAUUUGCAAUUUUCUCCUGGAGAACUAUUCUUGUUGUAAAGAGUAGAGUAUAUCAAGUUACUGAGAAACAAAUUUCUGAAAAGUUGGAGAAUAUCAAGAAAGAAAAUGCAGAACUUAUGCAAAAAUUGUCAAGUUAUGAACAAAAGAUCAAGGAGUCAAAGAAGUAUGUUCAAGAAACCAAGAAACAAAACAUGAUUCUCUCCGAUGAAGCUGUUAAAUAUAAGGAUAAAAUCAAGAUCCUUGAAGAAACUAAUGUAAGUUUGGGUGACAAAGCCAAAAGCCUUCGUCUUCAGUUAGAGUCUGAGAGGGAGCAGAACGUCAAGAACCAGGACCUGAUACUGGAAAACAAGAAAUCUAUUGAGAAGUUGAAGGAUGUCAUCUCAAUGAAUGCAUCAGAACUUUCAGAGGUUCAAGUUGCCCUUAAUGAAGCCAAGCUCAGUGAAGAGAAUGUAAAAUCUGAGUGCCAUCGGGUUCAAGAAGAAAAUGCCAGGCUUAAGAAGAAGAAAGAGCAGUUGCAGCAGCAGGUAGAAGAGUGGAGUAAAUCGCAUGCCGAGCUCACUGAACAGAUCAAGUCAUUUGAGAAGUCCCAGGAAGACUUGGAAAUAGCUCUGACUCACAAAGACGACAAUAUUAGUGCUUUGACUAAUUGCAUCACACAGCUGAAUCGGUUAGAAUGUGAACUUGAAUCUGAGGAUCCAGAUAAAGGAGGAAAUGAGUCAGAUGAUCUGGCCAAUGGAGAAACGGGAGGUGACCGGAGCGAGAAGAUAAGAAAUAGAAUUAAGCAGAUGAUGGACGUCUCUCGGACACAAACUGCAGUCUCAAUAGUUGAAGAGGAUCUAAAACUUUUACAGCUUAAGCUAAGAGCAUCGAUGUCCACUAAAUGUAACCUGGAAGACCAAAUCAAGAAAUUAGAAGAUGACCGCAGCUCGCUGCAGACUGCUAAAGCUGGGUUGGAAGACGAGUGCAAAACUCUGAGGCAGAAAGUGGAGAUCCUGAAUGAGCUGUACCAGCAGAAGGAGAUGGCGCUGCAGAAGAAACUGAGUCAAGAAGAGUAUGAGCGGCAAGACAGAGAGCAGAGGCUCACGGCGGCCGAUGAGAAGGUGGUUCUGGCUGCAGAGGAAGUGAAAACGUACAAGCGGCGAAUCGAAGAAAUGGAAGAAGAAUUACAGAAAACAGAACGUUCAUUUAAAAACCAGAUUGCUGCUCAUGAGAAGAAAGCUCAUGAUAAUUGGCUCAAAGCUCGUGCUGCAGAGAGAGCCAUGGCAGAGGAGAAGAGAGAAGCUGCUAACUUAAGGCACAAAUUACUGGAAAUGACUCAAAAGAUGGCAAUGAGGCAAGAUGAGCCCGUGAUUGUAAAGCCGAUGCCAGGAAGACCGAACACACAGAACCCUCCCCGGCGAGGUCUGCUGAGCCAGAAUGGCUCUUUUGGCCCAUCCCCUGUGAGUGGUGGGGAAUGCUCCCCUCCCCUACCAGCAGAGCCGCCUGGGAGACCUCUCUCUGCCACACUCAGUCGAAGAGACACUCCUAGAAGUGAAUUUGGGUCACUGGACAGGCAUUUACCUCGCCCUCGAUGGCCAUCAGAGGCAUCUGGCAAACACUCUGCUUCUGACCCGGGUCCCGCUCCUGUGGUGAACAGCAGCUCCAGGAGCUCUUCUCCCGCUAAGGCCGUGGAUGAGGGCAAGGUUAAUAUGGCUCCCAAAGGGCCGCCUCCAUUUCCAGGGGUGCCUCUCAUGGGAGGCCCAGUGCCACCACCCAUACGAUAUGGACCACCUCCCCAGCUAUGUGGUGGGCCUUUUGGGCCUCGCCCACUUCCUCCACCAUUUGUUCCAGGCAUGCAUCCACCACUAGGCGUAAGAGAAUAUGCACCAGGUGUUCUGCCUGGGAAACGGGACCUGCCUCUUGAUCCUCGGGAAUUUUUACCAGGACAUACACCAUUUAGACCUCCAGGUUCACUCGGUCCAAGAGAGUUCUUUAUUCCUGGUACCCGAUUACCACCUCCAACCCAUGGUCCUCAGGAAUACCCACCACCACCACCUGCUGUAAGAGACUCACUGCCUUCAGGCCCGAGAGAGGAAGCCAAACCUGCCUCUCCAAGCAGUGUCCAGGACCGCUCACAGGCUUCAAAGCCCACCCCCUGACUUUGACCUCUAUCGAUGAGUCAGAGAGGAAGUGGACAGUGCGUUAUUCAUUACAGCAAAGGAUUUCGUUGGCAUCAAAAUCUAAGUUUGUUUUACAAAGAUUGUUUUUAGUACUAAGCUGCCUUGGCAGUUUGCAUUUUUGAGCCAAACAAAAAUAUAUUAUUUUCCCUUCUAAGUAAAAAAAAAAAAAAAAUCACCUCUUAAGCUAGAAUAUCCUUCAAACUUUGAAAUGUGCAAUAAAGAAUACCUGUGUUUAGUUCAUGUAGCAUAUGUAAUGAUUGCUAAAUGAUUUAGAAUAUCAAGUAUGAACAUUUCCUGUGGAAAUGCUUUAAGAACACGUAUUUCCAUGGCCUUGGUUUAGUGUAUGCCAGCUGAUUUGAGCAAGGUGUUUACAGCUCCAUUUGUGUCUCAAAGACUGUUACGCUAAAAAGAAAAGUUUACUCAAGGAUCAUAAACUGUCCCGUUGCUAAAGUUCUUUGUAGUAAUAGUUCAUAAACUUGGUUUAUUACUGUUUCCCAGUGUCUGCUGAUUCUUUGGGUUGCUCUGAGACAUGCAUCAUUUGGGAAACCUGACAACUAUACUUCUGGAACUACAGUGGUGGGCUGUGUACAUCCCAUGUGACAAUGUUGAGUUCUCCUUCAAAGUCAUCAGUGAGCUCUACCAGGAAUUUCCUCUUCUUUUUUUCCUCUUCUUUUCUUGUUUUAAAAAAAGAUUUAUUUAUUUAUUAUAUAUGAGUACAGUGUAGCUGUCUUCAGACACACCAUAAGAGGGCGCCAGAUCUCAUUGCAGAUGGUUGUGAGCCACCAUGUGAUUGCUGGGAUUUGAACUCGGGACCUUUGGAAGAACAGUCAGUGCUCUUAACCGCUGAGCCAUCUCUCCAACCCCCUCUCUGCUUUCAAAUAAGCCAGAGGCCCCACUCAUUCUAGAUGACUGCCCUUUCUUGGUGCUCAUAGCUUGAGAAUGAAUGAAUUUGUACUACUAUCAAGAAUUAUUUGGAGUGGGUGUGGUGGCUCACAUCUUUAAUCCCAGCACCUGAGAGGCAAAGGCAGGCAUAUAUCUGAGUUCCAGGACAGCCAGAGCUACAUAGAAUCUGUCUCAAAAACU